ACUUGCGGGAGAGGUGAUUUGUUGUAGAUUUGGAGUCACACCAUAGUGCCACCGAAGUCCUCUUUGUCCAACCCUAAAACCCUCCCCAUAUUUUCUCCGAACAAAAACUCUGCAAAAUCAAACACCCAAUGUCGGACCAUCGAUCUGCCGACGACGACGGCAAGGACAAGGAAAAGGACAUAUCCGUGGCCAAAACCGCCGGCUUCGUGGUCUUCUCAGGCAUCGCCAUGAGUAUUCUCAAAGCCCUCAAUCCCUACAACAACCCAACCCUCAAAAACAUCAAUCCCAUUAAUCACGAACCCAAUCCACUCCCCGACUCGACUCCUCAACCAUCCCACACCCCACCUCCUCCACAACCCAUCGUCAUCAAGAAACCCACAAGUUGUACGGACCAAAAUGUGCCUCAAUCGUCCUCAAGAACAGUAGAGAUCGUAAGUGGAGACACCCUUUGGGGUCUUUCUAGAGAAUAUGGGGUUUCAAUUGAGGCAAUUAAGGAGGCUAAUGGGCUAACAGGGGACACCAUCUAUGCUGGGAAGAAGCUCAUCAUUCCAUGACAUGUUCUUUCUCCAGAUGUUUGUUUGUCAUCUCUCAUCUGUUUUUAUGUUGUUGAAUUGGAAAUGUAUUUUGCAAGAAAAAUGAAAUUGGUAUUUCAAAGGUGUUAUUGCUGACUUAUCCUGAACCCAUCUAGAACAAUGUGGCAAAUAGAUUUUAGAGCAAGUAUGGUGAUUGCUUUGGUUUAUAUGGAGAGGAAUGCCAGAGAUAACAUUUUGAAAUGGGAUUUACUGAGGAAGAAGCUUGCUUUUAGGAGUAGUUCACAAUGUUGACAUUGAAAACCUCAAAUGUGAAAAUAAAAUUGCUUCAACUUUUGGUUCUUGCAUUUGUAUGCCCUGUUGUGUUGAAUCGAUGAUGAAUUUUUUGUUCUCGUGUUUGUA